UCUCCCUUUCUUCUUCUUCUUCUUCUUCUUCUUCUUCGGUUGAUGAAGAACUAGAUAGAUCUCUCUUGUCCUUCUACAAUGCCCACUUUGUAGCGGACAAGGGUUUCGUCGGAUCACGAACUGGGGACUUGGAAUUUCUCGCGAUUUUUGUACAAUUAGGGUUUGAUCGAGCUUGCGGGUGCUUCGAAUAGUCUGCUCGGGAAUGGGCCUGAGGUCUCGAUCUCUUCCGGUUGCGAUUUCGGCAGUGGUGUUUCUGAGCUUUUUUUGAGCUAUUUGAGAAUGCGUGAAAUGAGGACAAAACGUUCUUGUUACGAAGAUUGGACGGGAUUUCGGAUUCUGCGAGAGUAGGAAUUGGGAUAGAAGAGUGAUCAAAAAGGUUUUUUUUUUUUUGUUUGAGAUUGGUAAGGGGAUGAAUUUAAUGUUAUUUGCAAAGAUUAUAAGGACGAACUGAUGAUUUUGUUUUGGCAAAGAUAAAUUGAGGAUCGGAUUAUAGUCGACCCACCAUUUCUGUUGCUGAAGAUUUUGGUUAACAUAGUUGAAUAGACAGAGUUCUUUGACCAAAGAAGAGAGAUUUCACAAGUUAAUUUUAAGUUUUUAUUUGGGUUUUGAGUAUUUUUGUGGGAGUUCAGUCUGGUGUUGUAUUUGGAUUUUGGUAUUGUCAGGAGGUUGCUUUCCUGUGAUUUAAGUAUCGGAAGUGAAUUUCAGAUUUUUGAGGUAAGGGGAACAAUUGGGCGGUUCUGUAUCUGGAGAUUGUGUUCUGUUGGAGUGACUGAGAAGCUCAUGGAGGAAUAUUGAUGCUGGAAAUGAACACGGGGACAUGGUGCAUGGACAGGAGCAUAGUUGUUGGUUCGUUCCCUUUCCGGAACAGUGCUGCUGGAAAGUAAGAUCAACGUUUUCUUCUGUGGAAGGCGCUCGUGUCGUGUGUUGUGGAAUUCUGUGCAAUGUCGCGCUGCUUUCCGUUCCCUCCACCAGGAUAUGAAAGGAAGGCUAGGAAUGAUGACGGGGAUUUACUAGAAAAGGAGAAGCAACGAGAAAAGAAGCACAAAAAGGAGAAAAGGGAUAAAGAGAAGGGAGAAGGUAAGGAAAAGAGAGAGAAGGAUAGAAGUGAUGGAAAGCAUCGGGAAAAGAAAGACAAAAGAGAAAAACACAAGGACAGGGACAAGAAGAAGGAUAAGGAGAAAGAUAGGGAUAAAUCUAAAGAUAAAAGUAAGUCAUCAGAUGAGAAGAGACUAUCAGGGCAACCUGAUUCUCAUGUUGGGGAGAAACUCACUCAGAAAGAGGGCAAACAGAAGGACACUAGUGCUGACAAGAAAUUCUCUGGGCAAAUUGAAGGUCAUAAAGCGGAGAAGCUCAGUCAGAAUAGUAGUCUGGAUGAUGAAUCUAAAUAUGUUAAGGAGUUUGGUAGGAGGAUUAAAGAUCAGGCGACAGGAACUGCGAACCAGUUGGAAAAAUUUUCUGGUACAGACCGAAAAAAAGAUGAAGGGAUGCUCAGAUUGGUGGGCAAGAGUACUAGUAAUUUGGCUGCGGACAAGGAGAAGGACAAGAGAACUGAAGUUAGAACAACAGAUGGGCAAAGUACUCGGGAUGGCACAAAUGUUGGUGGAAAUGCAAUGGUCCAGAAUACCACUACAACUGCUCAAACUAAAUUCGAGGUAUUGCCUAAACUGUUGGAUAACAAUGUUGAUAGGAGGAUGGAGGGAAAUGAAAAUACAAAAGACAGAGAGAGCAAUGAUAAACGAGCGGUUAAAAGCAAGGAGAAAGAUAAGGAGAAAAAGAGCCAUGGGAAGGAUAAGGACAGGGAUAAAGAGAAGAAAAAGGAGGAUAGAGAAAAGAGAAGGGAGGAGAAACAGAAGAAAAAGGAGGAAAAAGAGAAGAAAAAGGAGGAGAGAGCGAAGGAGAAAAUUCAACCUAAAAUUACAGAGCCGGAUAAAUUAAGAGCAAGCAACAAACAUGAUAUUGUUGAUAACCAUGCAAUCAAAGGCCCCCAACUUCCCAAGGAUAGCAAUAACAAUGCUCCUAAUGAUGUAAAUCUGAAGAAGAGGAAGGACGUUGAGACAAAUGGAGUUCUACAUGCCCAUGAUAUUUUGCCUGGUAAGGUGGCAAGAACUACACCAUCAUCAUCUUCUCAUCCUUCAACUCAAAAUGGAAGGAUACUGGAACCCUGCCAGGCAUCUGUCCGUGCAUCAGAGAUUAAGGAAGCCUCCAAUAAUCUCAAGAUGGACAAUAAGGAACUCAAGAUAAAUGGCAUAAUAGAAGCUCAGCCAUUGUCUGUCUCCCGUGUGAAGCCCAAGUCCGCAACAGCAGUAGCUGAUCCAGUUGCUGAAUCAUCGUCAAGACCUCCCCAUCCAGACUAUUCAGUGUCAAGACCUCCCCAUCCAGACUCCAAGUACUUAAGCCAGGUUUAUUCGGUACCGAAGAUGGAGUGGUCUGAUUACGACGACCAAGAAUGGCUGUUUAGCAGCAAUGCUUCCCAACCAAAGAAGCCCAAGGUGGAAUCCUCGGCGGUUGAGGAGACUCCACUUGUGUGGGCGGAGGCUCGGCAGAUAGGAUCAGCUGACAUCUGUGCUUUGCCGUAUGUUAUUCCUUAUUGAUUGGUUAUUCAAAUGGGGAUGCUUCACCUCCCAAGUCCUAACUCAUCUUACGCGGGCAGCAACCCUCCAUUGAACCGCUUGAAGGUAUACAUGCAUCAGGCCCUUGAGAUGGAUUUUCUUGAUUUCAUUCUGCAGAUUGUUGUUGCACUCUGUUGCAGUGGGCAUGGUGUGACAGAUUGUUAUCAAGCUCUUAAAUCGAAAUUUUGGUCACACGUCGCCUAGCAUGCUCAAGCAUCAUUGCGGGGCUAGAUUCAGAGUCAGAGGGUGGAUUUCCUGUGGUGGUAUUGAACCACUAAUUCAUUCAACAUGGAAAUUUUCAUAAAGGCAACUCAGUGAGAGUUGCUUAGGCGAGAGAUGUAUGAGCUUGUGCAAUUUGAUUUCAUUUUCGCAGAGCUGAGCUCUUUCUAAUUGAAAAUAUAUGAGAAACUAGAUGUGGUAUUUGCAACUCCACCACAAUUUUGAUUUGUAACAUAAACACUUAUUUACAAGAAAUGUAAGAUAGAGGGAAAGCAAAAAAAGUAGUGGCAUUCAUUUAUUCACCUCUUGUAAUUGUUUCCGAUAAUCCAUUAUGGUCCCAUAUAGCAGUCUAUAAAAACAUGCUCCAUAUGAUUCCAUUUUGACAUGAUUUUGGUCAGAAUGGUUAGAAGCGUA